UGUAGAUUGACAGCAGCGAGUAGUCGGAGGUAGCAGUGGAAACACAUUGAUGAACAGCCAUGGGAGACAAGGCACAGAUACAAGAAGCGAUUAAGACUCAAGGUGAAGUCGUUCGGAAGCUAAAGACCGAGAAGGCGAGCCAAGAGCAGAUUAAUGAAGAAGUGGCCAAGCUGCUGCAGCUAAAGGCUUCGUUAGGAGAAGAUGAUGGCAAACACCAGUUUGUUCUCAAGACAGCAAAGGGAACGAGGGACUACAACCCGAAGCAGAUGGCCAUCAGAGAGAGAGUCUUCAACACCAUCGUCGGAUCCUUCAAACGCCACGGAGCCGAAACCAUCGACACACCUGUUUUUGAGCUGAAGGAAACGCUGACAGGGAAGUACGGAGAAGACUCCAAGCUCAUCUACGACCUCAAAGACCAGGGAGGAGAGCUGCUGUCCCUCAGAUAUGACCUCACUGUGCCCUUUGCUCGCUACCUGGCGAUGAACAAGAUAACCAACAUCAAGCGCUACCACAUCGCUAAGGUCUACCGCCGUGACAACCCAGCCAUGACCCGCGGACGCUACAGGGAGUUCUACCAAUGCGAUUUUGACAUAGCUGGUCAGUAUGACGCCAUGAUCCCGGAUGCUGAGUGCCUCAAGAUCGUCUACGAAAUUCUCAGCGAGCUGGACCUCGGAGACUUCCGUAUAAAGGUCAAUGACAGACGCAUCCUCGACGGGAUGUUCGCCGUGUGCGGAGUUCCCAAAGACAAGUUCCGCACCAUCUGUUCUACAGUGGAUAAACUGGACAAGUUGCCAUGGGAGGAGGUGAGGAAGGAGAUGGUGAACGAGAAGGGCUUGUCAGAGGCGGCUGCAGACCAGAUUGGGGAGUACGUCAGUAUGCAGGGUGGGCUGGACCUAGCAGAGCGCCUCCUUAAGGACCAGAAACUGUCUCAGAGUAAGGACGCCUGUGACGGCCUGACAGACAUCAAGCUGCUGUUCACCUACCUGCAGAUCUUCCAGGUCACAGACAAGGUGGUGUUUGACCUCAGUCUGGCUCGCGGUCUGGACUAUUACACAGGAAUCAUCUAUGAGGCAGUGCUCACCCAGGCAGGCGUGUCGCUGGUCUCUGCCGAGGGCCAAAACGGGGCCCCUCCAGAGGAGAGCGUCAACGUGGGCAGCGUGGCCGGUGGAGGGCGCUAUGACGGCCUGGUGGGCAUGUUUGACUCCAAGGGUAGGAAAGUGCCAUGUGUGGGCGUCAGCAUCGGCAUCGAGAGGAUCUUCUCCAUCAUGGAGCAGAAAGCUGAGGCUUCAGCAGAGAAGGUUCGGACCACGGAGGUGCAGAUCCUGGUGGCGUCUGCACAGAAGAACCUGCUGGAGGAGAAGCUCAAACUCAUCACUGAGCUCUGGAAGGCUGGAAUCAAGGCAGAGGUGAUGUACAAGAAGAACCCCAAACUGCUGAGUCAGCUGCAGUACUGUGAGGAGAUGGGGAUUCCCCUGGUGGCCAUACUGGGAGAGCAGGAGCUGAAAGACGGAGUGGUUAAACUCCGUGCUGUGGCCACCAGAGAAGAGCUCGAUAUUUCAAGAAGUGAUCUUAUAGGUGAGAUCAGGAAAAGGACCUCUGAGGCCUAGCCAUUCCCAGCAACAACUCCAACUGCAUCAUCUGAUUGGUUCAAACAUGGACGCUUUGCAGGGCCUUGUACAGAUUUACUCGUCUAAUCCUCAACUGAGCAUGUUGGACAUGAAUGCAGACGUGAAAACACUCAUCCAGUCGCACUUGUUGAGAAAGGGUACAUGAAAUGUAAUGUUUUGGAUUAUGUUUGACAGACAUGUAUUUGCUUUCAGUAUCAACGCUGUAUAAAGAUGUGCUCUGAGGAACAGGUCAUACAUGUUCAUCAGACUACUCCAACCUAGGAAGAACUCAGUCUAACACUGCAUCAGUUUGCUUGUUAUCACAUGAACUAGAAAUACUUCAUCUGUUCAGGACCAAUGAUGAGAAACUCUGGUGCACAUAUUUGCUUUCUACCUGAACCCUUCAAAUGAUUUUCUGAAAGUUUGGUUCUUGACAAACCCACAUCUGAUUUCUGACUGUAUCAAACACGCUUGUAUCAAAUAUAAACACAUCAUCUU